AACGAAUCAUGAAAAUUAUAAUGUUGAUUCUACAAGUCAAAAAACAAAGCUUUUUCAUAGCACGUUAUAUAUUGGGUAUAUUUAUAGAAUAUGGCGUUUAGUAGUUUCUGAAGAGAGCGGUUUAUUUAUAUUUAUCGUUACGAUUAGUUUAUGGCGUAAAUAUGAAUUUAUUUUAAUUCAUGUAUCUUUAAACUGUGUUCGAAUAUUUUUCGAAAAUAAUGAUUAUAAAUUAAGUUAUAAAGUGAUUAGGAUUAUAGUAUUUGAUCCGGCGUUUCUAACUUAACCUUCAAGGGUAGAUUUUGGUAGAUUAUUAUGCAGUUAUACUUGCAAAAAUGCCUUUAUUUUCAAAUAAAUUUUCUCCAAAGAAAACACCCACGAGAAAAGCGCCAACAUUUUUAAUGAAUAAAGAUUUAAGUCCUAAGAGAAUAGAAAAAGAAUUAGGUCCUGAUAUAGGAUCUAUUCGUAUAAGACUUGGAGACCAAGAAACAGUUUUCGAAAAUGGCUCAUGGAUACCAGAAUCCGGAAAAGUAAGUGGUACAUUUAAAGAAAAUGAAAGACUGAAAAAAGAAAUUAAAAGACUCGAAGAAGAAAACAAUUUAUUAAAAUUAAAGUUUGAAGUAAUGUUAGACAUGUUAACACAAACUACAACAGAAGCUCAAUUUCAAAAAGAAGAACUGGAAAAAUUAAGAAACGGUAUAUCAUCUGAUAGAUAAUUAAAAUGACAUAUUACACAAGAUACGAUAUUUUCAAUAGUUUUAUUUUGAACAAUUUUAUUUUGUGCUGUUUUUGUGCACUCUAGUAAUAUUAUGAAAAUAAAGCUUAUAUCUAAACAAAGAGAUUAACUAAUCUCUAAUCUCCGUAAUAAAUUUUACAUUCUUUAAAAUAAGCCACAAAUGAUUGUAUUAUGUUUAUCACUAUAACAUCCUUUACUUUUAAUAAACUUUGAUUAUAGUUGUACGAAAUGUAUAUAAUUUACAAUAUUGUAAUGUUAUGAUUAAUCCAUGACAUUUUCUGGACAUGUUUUGCGUGUAUGACCUAUUAAAAAUAAAAUAAAACAUACUAAUGUAAACUUCAACUUC